UCAGGAUGGGAUUACCAAAAAAAAAUAAAUGGGUCCUACAUAUCAAUUUGUUUCACAGAAUCACCGUUAAGACAGAAUCACAGAAUCGCUUAGGACACAUCAAAGAUUCGUUUCAAACUUCAGAAUCAAUUCGUUUGUUUAGAAAUCAGAACUCAUCUUCGUCUCCGAAUACUCCGGUUAUUCAGAAAUCAGAACGCAUAUUCAUCUCCAAUUGUCCAGUUUUGUCUUCAUCUCCGAUUGUUUGCUUCAUAUUCGUAUUCGAUUGAAGUAUAUCACAGCCCUAAUUUCAUCUCUAGAACAUCGAAGUGAGCAUUCUCAAGUACAAAACAAGGAUCAAUAAAAACUCAUAAUCCCGUAGAUGGUUCGAAUAGAGCAACCAUGCGAUUAACAAGUCCAUACCGCAUUGGUUGUUGGACGUGUCGCACUACUAGAUUUUUAUGUACCACAACUCAUCAUCCUAUUCUCGAGUCAGCCAGUUUUAAACACCGCUUCAAAAACUGGCAAGAACAAAGAAAACAUAAGCUGACAGCAAGCACUUUUGCACAAGCCGUCGGCUUUUGGCCCAACCGAAGGGUCCUGCUCUGGCUUGAAAAGAUCGGUGCAGUCGAACCCUUCACCGGAAACCUUGCCACUUGUUGGAACAACAUCAAAGAAGAAGAAGCACUUGAAAGAUAUAAACUAAUAACCGGAAAUUCCGUCGUGUUUCCUGAAUUCCAUGUUCGUGGGAAGUUAAAUCGAGAAGACAAUUGGCUUGGCGCUUCUCCAGAUGGGAUAAUUGACAAGAUUGUUUACGGUUUGCCUUACGGGGGGAUAUUAGAAAUAAAAUGCCCAUUUUAUAAGGGUGACAUGAGAAAGGGUUUCCCGUGGUCUGGUGUACCGUACAAUUGUAUUCCACAAGCGCAAGGAUUGAUGGAGAUCUUGGAUCGGGAUUGGAUGGAUUUUUACGUCUGGACGCCUAAAGGGAGUAGCAUAAUUAGGAUAGAUCGGGAUGUAGAGUAUUGGAAGGCGUUAGAGAUAGCGUUAUCGGAUUUUUGGUGGGAUCAUGUGCAGCCUGCAAGGGAGAUUUAUUGUAAAUACGAGGUUAGAGAUCCGUUAACCGAGUUAAAAAGCUUAUGCCCAACGCCUAAGCAUGAGCUAUGUAGCCAUAUUGUUAAAGAAAGCAGACGUGUUGCUGGUAAUUCAAGAUUGUUGGUGCGUGAAAUCUUUGGAAGAUUGAUAGAUUGAUACAUGUAACUAAAACUUGAAGCAAAUAUGAAAAUAUACUACUGAACAUGAAUAUUUGAUUGGGUAAAUCAGGGCUUCUUAGGACUCUUUUGCUUGUGGACUUGUGGUUAAGUUUUGUUGUAAUUUAUAUUGAAAAUGUAACAUAUAUAGAGAGGAAGGAUCUUGGUAUAAGUUUAAUACUUAUAGUUAUAAACAUAUUUUUGUGUA